AUGUCCGACUUUGAGAAGGAGAAGCCCCAGGGCAUCGAGGCCGAGCAGGAGGCCAGCAUUGAGUCCCCGGCGACGACACAGCCGCGGCCAGAGGACUUCAACUUCACCCCGGAGGAGCAGAAGAAAAUCAAGCGGCGCAUGGAUCUUCGAAUCGUCACCACCCUGGGCUUCAUGUACUGCGUUUCGCUCAUGGAUCGCACCAACCUGGGAGCCGCCAGUAUUGCUGGCAUGGACAAAGAGUUGCGCCUCGACAUCGGCGACAGAUACAGCAUCAUCACUUUGGUCUUUUUUAUCACAUACACUCUGUUCCAACCACCAUCAACCGUCAUUGUGCGUGCUGUUGGCCCGCGAGUUCACCUUGCACUCAUCACAACUCUUUGGGGUGCCGUGAUGAUCGGCAUGGGCUUCGCUCCCGACUGGGGUGCGAUGGCUGGACUGCGUGUUUUGCUAGGUCUCCUCGAGGCUGGAUUUUUCCCUAGCUGUGUCUAUUUGCUCAGCACCUGGUACACUAGAUACGAGGUGGGCAGACGUUACUCUGUCUUUUAUCUUAUUGGAUGCGUUGCAAGCGCCUUCAGUGGUAUUCUUGCCUUUGGUCUGAUGCAAAUGGCAGGCCUUGGCAAUCUCAAUGGAUGGCGCUGGAUUUUCAUCAUUGAGGGUAUCAUUACCUGUCUUCUGGGUAUCGCCGGCUACUGGCUCCUCGUCAACUUCCCCGACUCGACACGAUCGAACUGGAGCUUUCUGGGCGACCGCGAGCGGGCCUGGAUCGUUGCCAAGAUCAACGCCGACCGCGGAGACGUCAAGGUUGACUCCUUCAGCUGGGGGAAGUGGCUUGGUGGCGGCGCCGACAUCAAGAUCUGGCUGUACGCCUUCAUCUUCUUUAACUCCACCACCAUCACCUAUGCGCUGGCCUACUUCCUGCCCAUCAUCCUCAACCUCAGCCUCGGCUUCGACGUCGGCACGUCGCAGUGCCUCGUCGCUCCCCCCUAUGUCUUUGCCGGCAUCAUCAUGUUUGCGGGCGCGGCGAUCGGCGACAAGUACCACGUGCGCGGGCCCAUCAUCGUCUUCAACAUGCUGCUGUGCGUCAUCGGCCUACCCAUCCUGGGCUUCCACGCCAACGCCAAGGUCCGCUACUUUGGCGUCUUCCUCUGCACCGCGGGCGCCAACGCAAACAUCCCCGCCGUCAUGUCGUACCAGGCCAACAACAUCCGUGGUCAGUGGAAGCGCGCCUUUUGCAGCGCCACCCUCGUCGCCAUGGGCGGCAUCGGUGGCAUCGCGGGCAGCCUCGUCUUCCGCAGCCAGGACAGACCCGGCUACAGGCCGGGGCUGUACGCCUGUAUCGCCUGCGCCCUCUGCAACAUCAUCUGCGUCGGGAUCCUCACCCUCCUGUUCAAGAGGGAGAACGACAAGGCUGACAAGGAGGGCAAGCAGCUCGAGUGCUCUGCGGGCGACGAUUUCCAGCCCGGGUUCAGGUACACGUACUGA